UCGCCACCCUUCAGCUGUUUUCCCUGGCCAGCUUGUCCAGGCUUGCACAUAUACGCGCUGCAAACGUCCGAUCGCUACUCCGGGGCCUCUUCUUCCACUCCCGCUCUGAAGAGCGUGGGUUUGUGCCGGUGAGCAUGAGGCCGAGCUUCACAGAGCUGACGUUGAAUACUUUGCAGGAGAUGAUCGUCGGAAAGAAGUGCAACGGGGAGUCAGCGGAAACAGAAUGGUUAGACGAGGAGGGCAAAAGUUUUGCGUUCGUUAUCAAGAAGGCUUUUCGUUUGAGCGCGGCAACGAGCCCUGAGGAAUUCCUGCCAUUCUUGAAGUGGAUAGGGUUGAACGGACUUGAGAAGCAGCUGAUAAGGAUGCGGAAAGAGGUGGAUGUUUUGUUGCAGGGGAUGGUGGAUGAGAGGCGAAAGGGGAUGAAGACGGAGAGGAAUGAUGCAAACAAGACUCUCGUCGAUGUUAUGCUCUCCCUUCAAGAGGAGGAUCCUCAGAACUACACGGAUAAUAUCAUCAAAGGAAUGAUAUUGGUUCUCAUAUUUGCUGGGUUUGAUACCUCAAGUGUAACCAUGGAGUGGGCGAUGUCACUCCUCCUCAACCAUCCUGAGGCCCUGAAGAAGGUUCACGAUGAGAUAGAGACUCAUGUGGGGCAUCAGCGCCUGGUGAUUGAUUCCGACCUCCCUCAGCUUCGCUAUCUCAACAAUGUCAUCCGAGAGACCCUCAGGCUGUUCCCACCAGGGCCACUUCUGGUUCCACGCGAGUCAACAAUGGAGUGCAGUAUAGGAGGCUUCCACGUCCCGCGAGGCACCAUGUUGAUAGUCAAUGCCUACAAGAUGCACAGAGAUCCCGCUUUGUGGACGGAUCCCGCAGAGUUCAAGCCGGAGAGGUUCGAGAGCGGAGAAGGAGAAGGGUACAAGUAUGUCCCCUUUGGGGUUGGAAGAAGACGAUGCCCAGGGGAAGCAAUGGGUAUGAAGGCUGUUGGACUAGUGCUUGCGUCGCUAGUCCAGUGCUUUGAGUGGAAGAGACUCGGAGAGGAGGAGGUGGAUCUCAAUGAAGGCGAGGGGCUCAGCAUGCCCAAAGCCAUUCCCUUGGAGGUCUUGUGCAAGCCACGCCAAGCCAUGAUGGAUGUCUUACCACAGCUUUGAGCGUUCCCGUGUUAAACUUCAUGCAACGUUCUUCCUCUUAUUAACUUAUUUUGCAUGGGGGUGAUUUACUAAAAUAAAAAGUCAUUGUAAUAGAACU